ACAACGGACCUGUGCGCGGAUAAAAAUCGAGCAUGAGCUAUCAGUAUGCGCAAGCGCAGCCGCAGCCGCCCAGCUACGAGCAGGCAACGCACUUUCACGUGCCAACACCUGCUCAGGUGGUCAUCAUACAGCAACAGCCGUCGCCCGCUGUGGGGCCGGAUCCGUGCUACAUUAGCUGUCCGCAUUGUCAUGUGCAGAAGCUGACGCGCGUCGAGUAUUCGCCCAGUGUGCGCACCCAUUGCAUGGCCGCCCUGCUUUGCAUUGUGGGUCUCUGGUGCUUUGCCUGUUUGCCCUACUGCGCCACCAGCUGCAUGAAUGCGAAUCAUUUCUGCGGCAAUUGCAACAAAUUUGUGGGCGUCUAUAGCAGCGAUUAAUAGCUUUACGCU